CCCGCUGCAGCCGCUCCUUGCACGCGUUCGGGAGUCCGGGACCAUGCACAGGUGUUCGUUUAAGUGUGUUGUUUACGCGGCUCGGGAUGCUAAGGCGUGAAGGCGUUGGAUGUUUACAGUGUGUUUAUGGGACAUAGUGAGGGGUUGAUGGAGGCUGAGUACAGCGAGGUGGUCGCGGGUUGCGAGGCGCGGCGCGACGCUCCCAUGGACGCUACGCUCGACACCAUGCACCCGUUGGACCCGCCGCCGCCCGAUGUUCUGCUGGCUCUGCUCGCCAGGAACAAGGCGCUCGAAGCUAGUAUCCCGAAAUGCGGCGGGUGUCACGAGAUGAUCGUAGACCGCUACGUGCUGAAGGUGUCAGACCGCACGUGGCACGCCGGCUGUCUGCGCUGCGUCGAGUGCCGUGCCAUGCUCUCCGGAAAGUGCUUCGCCAGGAACAACCAGCUCUAUUGCACUGAUGAUUUUUUCAAUCCUAGGCGGUUCGGUACAAAGUGCGCUGGCUGCGGGCAGGGCAUCCCCCCGACGCAGGUGGUGCGGCGCGCGCAGUCACACGUCUACCACCUGCGCUGCUUCGCCUGCGCCGCCUGCGCACGUACCCUUAACACUGGCGACGAGUUCUAUCUCAUGGAGGAUGGAAAGCUCGUGUGUAAACCUGACUACGAAGCUGCUAGAGCGAAAGGAAAAGAAAAUGGCAAAAUCUACAUCAAAAUCAGUUGUAAUGUGCAAUGUCCAGGCGGUGAGGGUUCGUUAGACGGUGAUGCUGCGAGUAAGAGGCCGCGGACUACGAUCACGGCGAAGCAGCUGGAGACCUUGAAGAACGCGUACAGCAGUAGUCCAAAGCCAGCGCGACACGUGCGGGAACAGCUGGCGCAUGAUACGGGGCUCGACAUGAGGGUCGUGCAAGUCUGGUUUCAAAACAGACGAGCAAAAGAAAAGCGGUUAAAGAAAGAUGCUGGCCGGACGCGCUGGUCUCAAUACUUUAGGUCUAUGAAGAGUGGAAGCGGCUCGCCUCGGCACGACAGGUUGCUGGACAAGGAUGAACUCAAGAUUGACUUGGAUUCGUUUAGUCAUCACGAACUUAGCAACGAUAGCUACAGCACGGUAGCACUAGGGGGCGAGGAAGGUUCGCCCGCGGGCGGCGGCGCGGCGGCAGGGGGCGCGCGCUACGCCGCUACGCCGCCAUACCUGCGCGCGCACUCACCGCCACAUCCACACUACCACUACCCACCAGACCAUCUCGUAUACACUAACAUAGGUCAAGCAAUGAGUGGUGCUGGUAUCGGAGGAGCAGGUGGAGCGGGAGGUGCAUCAGAUUUAAGCAGUUCAUCGUCCCCGGCUGCGGGUGGAUAUCCCGACUUUCCACCGUCACCAGAUUCGUGGCUGGGCGAGGCGCACCACUACUCGCCGCGCGCCUUCCCCUAGCGGCGGCCACCGCCGGCGCACGCGCAGCCCGCGCCCCCGCCGCCCCCCGUCCCGCGGCCUCCCUAUCCGCACGUGCUCGCGCCACAACCUCUCGAGCUCGUCGUCAAGCGUGAGCUGUAACUCCACUACAAACAUUGCCACGCUCAGGACGUUCGACGAAGUCAGUGGAAGUUUGGUGUGCCGCACUUUUGACACUGUUUAAUAUAUACCACUGAUACCACGCCAAAGAGUAAUCACACGUUAAUGUUACAAGGAACUGAAGCUUGCUAAAGUGCUACUGUUUCAGCAAGCAACACAAAGCACUAAACUUGAAACAAUAUAAUAUUAUGUGUGGUGUGGUGGCUGCUGGGUGCACAGGGAUGUGAGUGUUGUCGUCGUUGUUAAAUGUUCACAAGACUUGAAAUUAAUGUAAAUAAAUACAUAUUUGAUAUAGGCAUUGACACUGCAUACAAUAAAUCCUUGGUUUUGGUUUGUCACUCAAAACUAUCGUACUCACAUUGUAUGUUGAAAAACUUAAACAGUUGCUAAGUUUUCCGCAAUGAUGUUUUGUUUGGUGUAUAUUUGUGAUUGUACCGUUCGUUUAGAUUUGUAAUAUAAGAAUAUAAAUUUUUGUACAUAGAACUAGCAGAGAAUAAAAAUUAACGCCUUACUAGCAAGGUACACUGUUGUAAAUAAAGUACGAUUGUAGAAAAAA